GCCGCCUUCUGCGCAGACGCGGCCCCGGGCUGCUCGGCGGCGGCGCGGGGGGGAGGCUGCGGGCGGCGGGAGGCUGCGGCCGGGGAUGGUCCAGCGGGCGCGAUGGCCCCCGCCAUGCAGCCGGCCGAGCUCCAGUUCGCCCAGCGGCUGGCGUCCCACGAGAAGGGCAUCCGGGACCGCGCGGUGAAGAAGCUGCGCCAGUACAUCAGCGUGAAGACGCAGAGGGAGACAGGAGGUUUCAGUCAAGAAGAACUCCUAAAAAUAUGGAAAGGGCUCUUCUAUUGCAUGUGGGUGCAGGACGAACCCCUCCUACAGGAGGAGCUAGCAAACACUAUUUCCCAGCUCGUCCACGUUGUUAACAACUCGGAGGCCCAACACCUGUUCAUUCAAACCUUCUGGCAAACGAUGAAUCGAGAGUGGAAGGGGAUAGACCGGCUGUGCCUGGGCAAGUACUAUAUGCUGAUCCGUCUGGUCCUGAGGCAGUCCUUUGAAGUUCUGAAGCGAAAUGGCUGGGAAGAAAGCCGAAUCAAGCUAUUCUUAGACGUCUUGAUGAAGGAGAUCUUGCACCCUGAGAGCCAGUCUCCUGAUGGAGUGAAGUUCCACUUCAUCGGCAUUUACCUGGACGAACUGUCCAAAGUGGGAGGGAGAGAGCUUUUGGCAGAUCAGAAUCUCAGGUUCAUUGAUCCAUUCUGCAAAGUCGCUGCCAAGACUAAGGACCAUACAUUGGUGCAGACUAUAGCUAGGGGUGUUCUUGAAGUCAUCGUGGACCAGUCUCCUCUUGGACCUGAAGAGACCCUCAAGGAACAGAAGCCUCAGGCGGGCGAGGGUGAGCCCUCUGAAGAAGAAACGCCUGAAAACGAGGUGGUGUGGAGACAAACCGUCAGUAGAAAGAAGACCGCACUGAGCCAGCAGCACUCCGGGAUGGACGGCGUCCGCGACGACGGGGCGAGAGGCGGCGGGCGCCUGGAGGACGCCGGGCCCUUGCUCCAGUUCGACUACAAGGCUGUUGCCGACCGACUCCUGGAAAUCACCAACAGGAAGAACACCCCUCCCUUCAACAGGAAGCGUCUCUCCAAACUCAUCAAGAAAUUUCGGGAUCUCUCCGAAGCAGGCAGCCUAUCCCGGCUCAGUUUUGCUGAGGACAUUUCUGCUGAGGGAGAUGACCAAACGCUCAACCGAGGAAAGCACAAGAAAAAAGGAAAUAAACUUUUAGAGAAAAGCGACCCGGAGGAAGAAGGAGGAAACAAGUCCUUCCUUGCUGAAGAAGAGGAGAGCGAAGGCGGUGUUCAGAAGAGAAAAGGGAAAAAGAGGAGGAAGGUCCAUCUCCAACCAGAGCAUUUAGGGUCGGGGGCUCCGGCCCUGCCCCCAGAACAGAACGGGGGCAGGGAGCCGGAGGGAAGUCCGGGAAGAGCCCAGAAGAUGCCUGCGGCUGAGCCGGGGGCACCAGCUGCCCCUCGCCCCCAGGAGCACAGCAUUUCGGGGCCCGCCCCAGCGCAGGGUAAGAGGAAACGACCGAGGAAGAGAAGCCUGAGGGUCCAGGGCGAGAGCUCAGAGUCCACACCACCACUGCCUCGGGGGGACGAGGCCUGGGAACCGUCCCCUCCGGCACCCCCUGCCAGCGGAGCCCCGGUCCAGAAGAGGCAGAGGACGCUCGGAGCCCUCCCGAUCAACGGCAGCGGCCCCCCCGCGCUGGCCUGGCCCCCACCCCAGCAGCAGGGCCGGCCGGCCGGCCUGCCCCCGGGCAGGAGACUGAAGAAACAGAAGGGGGAGCCCAGCGGCCUUGACCUCUGCAACCCGUCUCAUCAGAAAGCCGCCAUCUUGAAAAAGAGAAAGAAGGUGAAAGAGAUGUGUGACUUGGAGCACCGUGGAGGGUUGAAGGCCGAAGCCAGGCUCGUCCAGGCUCUGGGCGGUGGGGGGGCUCUCAGCCCCUCAAAGAAGCAGCAGCUGAGGACGGAGAAUGACUUCGUGAGGUUCGACACCCCCUUCUUACCGAAGCCCCUGUUCUUCAGAAAAGCCAAGAGCAGCAGUGCCUCUGCCGUCUCUGUGCGCCCUGCCGGGCAGCGAGACAAGACGCCCUCAAGCUCCAAGAAGGUCACCUUCGGGCUGAACAGAAACACGACUGCGGAAUUCAAGAAGACAGACAAGAGUAUCCUGGUCAGCCCCACGGGCCCCUCCCGAGUGGCCUUCAACCCUGAGCAGAGGCCCCUCCACGGCGUGCUAAAGACCGCCACCGGCUCACCCACCGGCGCCCCCCUGGGGACCAAGAAGCCGCUGAGCGCCACGCCAAAGAGAAGGCCCACGGCUAUGGACUUUUUCUAGGGCAGCAGCAGAGUCCUUUUAGAGACUGUUUUUGUACAGAUAUUCUAUAAAUUAUAACUUUGAAAAGGUG